GAAAAUAGGGCAAAAUGAUUUUCUUUAUGGACCUCCAGAUGAUGCUGCUGGAUGUAAUUUAUUUCAUCCUGCGUAAUUCUGUGCGGAUCGUCAUGCGCCCACGCACCAAGCCCAUCGACGGUGAGCUGGUGCUGAUCACCGGGUCGGGCGGAGGCCUGGGCCGUCUCUUUGCUCAGGAAUUCACCAAGCAGGGGGCCGAGGUGGUGCUGUGGGACAUCAACAGCACCUCCAACGAGCAGACAGCCAAGCUGGUGCGGGAGAUGGGGGGUAAGGCCCACACCUACACCGUCGACGUGACCAACCGGGAGGAGGUGUACCGGCACGCUGAGCUGGUGAGGAAGGACCUGGGCCGGGACGUCACCAUGCUGAUUAACAACGCCGGAGUGGUGGCCGGGCAGCGCAUGUUGGACUGUCCCGACGAGAUGAUGGAGAGGACCAUGAAGGUCAACUGCCAUGCCCUCUUCUGGACAGUGAAAGCCUUCCUCCCUCAAAUGAAAGCUCAGAAUCACGGACACAUCGUGACCAUCGCCAGCGUCCUCGGCCUCUUCAGCACAGCUUGUGUGGAGGAUUAUUGCGCCAGCAAGUUUGCUGCAGUGGGUUUCCACGAGUCUCUGGCUCACGAGCUGCUGGCUGAGGAGAUCGAAGGAGUGAAGACUACGCUUGUUUGCCCCUACAUUGUGGACACAGGCAUGUUCGAAGGCUGCAAGAUACGGGAGGAAGUGGAGCUGAUCCUCCCACCUUUAGAGCCUCAGUACUGUGUGGAGCAGGCGAUGAACGCCAUCUUGAUAGAUCAGCCAUUAGUGUGCAUCCCCCGCCUCACCUACCUGCCCGUCAUCUCCAGAGCGUUGUUGCCAUGGGAAUCGAAUGUGGUCACGUAUCGCUUCAUGGGUUCCGACAAGUGCAUGUACCCUUUCAUUGAUACCAUGCAGAAACAAGCCAAGAAUAGCAGCAUCAUGGUUGCAUAAUCUUACUCUGACACUCUACUCAGCCUUAACACUCAACACAAUCAAAC